GGGGUCUCAGAUGAUGAUUUUGUCUCUUAUGUGAACAACUGGUGCGAGGUCGGAGCUUCCCUUGUAGGAGGGUGUUGCAGAACAACUCCAAAUGCCAUCCAAGCUGUUUGGGCAGCUUCGCAGUCCAACACUGUUGAAGUCCUUAGCUGCUUCUACACCUGAAAAUCCCAAGUUGACGAACUGGAUGGAGAGUCUGGUGAGCAUGGUGUUUGGUCCUAAAGAUGAGGAGCGAUGUUUUAUGUACACGAACGACCUUGCGCAUGGCCGACCUGAUCGGCUUGACGACAUCAUGCCUGCCGAAUGCGCGCAAGGGGGACCUUGCAUAGUGAAUUCUCUGCGGAAGAGUGGAGGCGAGCAAAUAGCGAACGAGCUUAACGAGCCGACCCCAGGUGGCCGAGAUGAGCGACCUCAUUCGCCACUUCAGCAUAGAUUGCUAGGAUACAGCGCAACUCUAAAGAAGUCCUUCGGAUUUUUCAACGAUUGUGGCGAAUCUCUGAGGAGAUUUGCUCAGGGCAUUCGAGAAGAUUGCAGAGAUAUUCACGGCCAUUUUUCCAGACUUCAAGCGAAAGCACGUUCACCUUCAAGUACUCAGGAUUUGCCCAGAACCGCCACGCCUGGGAGUGACGCCAGUUCGAGCGUGAGCGGUGGUUCUGAGGGCCACCAUCCUUCAACCUCCAGUGAUUCGUCAAUGGAAGAGACAGCUAGUGGGGCGGAGGGCGUUGAGGAGGUUGGCUGCAGUGCACUGGUGACAAGUGCAGCAGCAGAGGUGGUGGUGUUCGAAGGGUGGGAGAGCAAGGUUCUCAGUGGAAGGCUGGACAACCUUCGCAAGGCUCCCAAAACCUUGCCGGCCGGCUUCAAGUUCAGGGCGGUGCUUCAUCACGAGGUCGCAGAUGGCGCGGCCACAGUGAAGGGGUACAAGAAGCUGGAGGAGAUGGUGAGGCGAUUCCAGAUCCCCAGGACCAUCCUGAUCCGAGCUGGGACACCAAAUGAACGGGCGUGUUCAGUGUCACGGACGGGCUGGGUGCCAGUAUACGUAGACCAUUUUGACGCCGGUCUACGUUUUCCUCUGCCCGGACUAAUUUUCGAUGUCCUGGCAGAGUACGAGCUGGCCCUUUCGCAACUCACUCCCAACAGCAUAAAGUUCAUCAUAGGCUUUAUGCUGUUGUGCGAAAGGCUGGGGAUGCCUGCAAAGGCGGUGGUCUUCAGGUCGCUCUUCCUUUGCCACUUGUGCCUGUCCACCAGUGGGACAAGGUGGUACUACAUCUUGGGCAGGGAAAAGAUGAUGAUCUUCACCAACAUCAGAAAUAAGGUAGCGAGGUGGAAAAGACAGUUCGUGUUCGUGCGGGAUACGCGAACUGACAGGAUUAAUAACGAGCUCGCCGCCCUUCUGUCAGAGUGGCGUACGCCGAACACGUAUAUGAACUAUCCCCAACUGACCAGUGGUGAUGUCGACCUGAAGAACCGGCUGCUCGACCAUGUGAAGGCGAGGGGGCUGGUGGAUUUAGAAACCUUGGUUACCCCGGAGCAGAUCGCACUUCACGGAUUUGUCAACGUGGCAAAUCUACACUCUCAAGGAGUCAUGAGCAGUAUCCUAGAGCGUCAAUGUCUGAGAGCACAAGGCUCCAGGAACCGAGGAGCCGGGUCCGGUUCCCAACGCCAAUCUCGUUUUGACGAGCGGCCACCAGCUGCGCCGGGGCGCAGCUCCCAGCAACGGAGUUCCAGCUCGUCACAAAGGCCGCGUGUCGAGCAACGAGCAGAACCGGCGCCCUCCAGCUCAAGAAGGCGCGCACGGGAGGACACAGACACAGAGGACGACGUUCCCCUUAUCCGACGGAGGACCAGUGCCGGCUCGCAGCCCGCUCCGGGCAUUGCAGCACGACCUGGCAAUGUGCCCCCGGUUCCAGCUCGUGAGGUCACCGAGCAAGCACCAACCUCGUCGUCUGUGGCGGGCCCUAGGAUUGCAUACCCAGACGGCUUCAGUUACGUGCGAACUGAAUGCCAUGCUGCCAUGCUGCAGGGUAUGCAGAACUUUGUGCCCCCCGCAGACCAGUUGCGUGCAAAGGGGCACAUUCAGCAGCAUAGGGGACAUGCUGCGCUGAUCAAGCUGAUGGAUGCGUUUAGCUACACUGUCGCGCUGUUCGAGUGCGAGCAGAGAGCCCGGGUGCAAAACAACAAACUCCAGAAGAGCUGCAAACAACUGGCCACUGAAAAAGCCAGUUUGGCUGACGAGGUCAGUCGUCUGCAGAGCUCGGAGAUGGCAGACCGAGCGGCGUCAGCUGAAAGUCGAGCUGACGAACUGGCCUGUAAGGUUGACGAGCUGAAGGAUGAGCUCGUGAGGGCCCGAGUGGAGAAGGAAAGUGGCAUCCAAGCUGCUAAGGAGGAGCUCGGCCAUGCAGAGGAACGAGCUAUGAAGGCAGAGUCUGAAAAAGAGAAGACUCUGCACAAGCUGAGCGCCCUGAGGGAGCGGGUGUCACAAGCCGAUCAGCACGUUGCGCGAGCAGAGGCGUCCUUGGAGAGCACCAGGAGGCUUCACCAGUGCGACGUCUGCUUUGCCCGUGCACAGGGGGCUGAAUGGCUGGUGGGAGCAGAGAUGUUCCAAGAUGAUGUUGCAGUCGCCUCUGCCAACACCACCACGGACAUUUUCAACGAGGUUCGUGGAAAGGUGUUGCAGACUCGGGCUGAUUUUCCCAUCGGCGAGCUGGCCUUCUUUGAGGGCAAGGAGAUCGAUGGCGAAGGGAAGAGUCUCGCCCCUCCAGCAGAUACCAGGCUUUGACGCUUGGGUGGCAGGCCCCCAGGACG